CGACGCGUGAUUACUUUUAGGUUCAUGAUGGCGCAGCUAAAGAGAAGGCAGCCAUCAUAACCGUCAUCAUGCAUCAGCUCGUAGUCAACUUGACAGGGGAGGAAUCAAAAAUCUACGAUGGUGGCGGUGCUAGUGUUUGGAACCUAUCAACAAAACACUCCCGACUCCUUUCCUCCCCCUUUGCGAUGGACAACGAUUCUCGCGUCGCUUAAUGUUAAUGAAACCCUCACGUUUUUUCCCUGAUCGCAUACGUACACGUAUAUGGGGCCCCAGAGAUCCACCCCUAGGCCUAUUACCUCCGAGAAGGAUCGACAGAUACGCACCAUCCAAACGUCCCUCAUCCACGAGAGGCUAAUCGCCACACAGAGAGCGCUCGACACUCUACGGAUCACGCACGCGGAGGAACUCGAGGCGGAGCGGAGGGCCUCGGAGGGUCUGAGGAAGAAAUUGGCGGUGUGUGAGGAGCGCGUGAGGGAUGCGGAGAGGGAGCGAGAUGAUAUGCGGGAAGUGGUGAAUGAGUUGGUGGAUCGAGGUUUGGUAGUCUCCGUUUCGAAGGAUUUCGCUGCUUGGCCGUGUAGCCAGUUGAGAAUGACGAGUCUCCUGGACCCCGCAGAACUGACCCCCCCAGCACCCCCCACGACACCUCCAUACGCCGCAGCCCUCAUCGAAUCCCUCAGCACCUCCCUCGCCACGGAACGAAAAGCCUACACGCGGACGACCAGGGUCGCACAAAACACCAUCGCGGUGCUGGAAGCCCAGCUUGCGCUGCGUGAAGCCGAGUUGGAGGAGUCUUGGUCGGGGUGCGGGGAGGAGGAGGGGAUGCAGAUAGGGGAGGAAGAAGCGCUGAGGGUGCUAGAGCUCAACGUGCGGCAGGCAGAGGAGGAUCGAGAUGGAUACGAGGGGAUUGAAUGCUAGGGUGCGUGCGUUUCUCUUGCGCGAUAGUGGAGGUUGUUGAUGAUGUCUGUUAGCUGGAGACUCUCCGAUCCCCUCCCCCGAAUCCCAUCGAAGCUCUAAACGCCCAAAUCCAGCAACU